AUGUGGUUUUCUAUGGACAGGCCCCCUGGUAGCACUAGACGAACACGUCUAUCGGCUGAUGUUUUUCCCGGGUACUACCCAGAGCACGCUUUAACCUUACUAUUUAAAGUAAAACUAGGGGCUCCCCACAGGGCUGCUAUGUUACUAUGGGAACUAAAGGAAUUAAGGGCUCCCCACAGGGCUGCUAUGUUACUAUGGGAACUAAAGGAAUUAAGGGCUCCCCACAGGGCUAUUAAACAAGUUACCGGAAGGAUAAACGUUGAAAAUAUUGCAUUACGAAAACCUACAUGGCAAAGCACUACGCAUGAUCCCUCUUAUAGUGGUUCAUCAAGAGCUGUUGAUGGACAAAGAACAGAUCUCUCCUAUCACGGGAGACAAUGCAGUGUAUCAAGUAACACACAAACAACCGCUACGUGGUGGGUGAAUCUGGAGAGAAAACGUGGAAUAAUUUUUAUAGUCAUUUAUUAUAGAACGGAAAAUGGAAACUGGAGUUCAACAAAUGGCUUUACGACACGAUUCCUUGGAUUUCAAGUAUAUAUUUCAAAUACUACAGACAGACUUAAAGGUCACUUAUGUUUUCAUGACACAAACUACACCAUAAGCACAAUACCUGCUGUCGUCAAUAUAACUUGUCCUGUACAUGGACAAUAUGUCAUCUACCACAACGAGAGAAGACCCGGUGUUACUUAUCCUGAUGAUUAUUCGAAGUAUGCCUACAUUGAGCUGUGUGAGGUGGAAGUUUAUGGAUGUCCAGACCCCACACACUAUGGAUCCGAUUGUUCAUAUAAAUGUUCAACAAACUGCCUUCAAUAUUGCGAUAUAGUGUCUGGAAAGUGUCCAAGUUGUGCUCCUGGUUACAAGGGUAAAUGGUGCGAGCAAGCCUGCCUGAAAGGAUCCUUUGGAAAAAAUUGUUCUGAGACGUGUAGCAGUGCAUGUUAUGACUCUACGUGCAACAGAACAAAUGGUAGAUGUGACAAUGGAUGUUAUCCGGGUUGGAAGGGAGAUUAUUGCAACGAAGCCUGCAGUGAAGGAUAUUUUGGAGAAAAAUGUGUCCACAAGUGUAACGAUACAUGUAAAGGAUGUAACAAUGUUAAUGGCGUCUGUGAGCAUGGAUGUCAUACUGGAUGGAAAGGAGACUUUUGUGAUGAAGAGUGCGAUUACAAUCAAUAUGGAACAGCCUGCAAUAAGACAUGUGGUAAUUGUAUCAAUAGCGAGACAUGUCAUCACAUCAAUGGUUUUUGCGUCAAUGGUUGUGACUCUGGAUAUCAGGGAAAUAAAUGUGAUCAAGUUUGUGAGUUUGGAUUUUACGGGAUAAAUUGCAGAGAUGUCUGCAGUACGUUUUGUAAAGUAUCACGUGACUGUCAUCACGUAACUGGUGUCUGUAAAUUUGGCUGUAAAGCUGGAAUGACUGGGCUUGAUUGUCUACGAGGAUUAAAAAAUCGCAAGAAAGAAAUAACAAAACUUAUCAUCAUCAGAAAGAUGACGUGA